UGGGCUGCGGGAGGCGAGGCGAGGCGGCGGCCCGGCCCCGCCGCCCGGUGCAGCUCGCCCGUUAGCGCGGGCAAGCGGCGGCCGGGGCGCGGCGGCCCCAGUAAAUCUGAUUUACUCGUUGAACGUGGCCUCGGUUGGCGGUGAUGGAGGGUGGUUACCAAGUAGGGGGAGUCGGCUGUUGGGAUUUCAACAGCUUUCCACCAAGUUGCUGGAAAGAAAUUCCUCUCGCCACUGGGUCCCUUUCUUGCCCUCUAAAGCGGGUGAGACUGAGGCACCUCAAGGAAGCUCACGCUGCCAGACACAGCUGUGAACUGGCUGCUUCACUCUCUUGAGUGCUUCUUGUUUGCCGCUGAGUUUGGUCCCCGUGUUUUUAAAAAGCAAAUACAAAAAGGAAUAAAAAGAUUUGCUGUAUAACCUGCUUAAAAAGAAAGUUGCAACAGAGUCUGAAUGACUGUUUUUUGUUUUUAGGAGCUGUUCAGAGUCUCCUUCCUCCUUGCUUUAUGCAGGUGAAGCCUCUGGGACGAGUUCUCUGACAGAAGCAGCUCCCAAGGAGCCCCUCGGGCAUUUGCGAUGGCUGUACCUAUUGCAGUUCUUGACUGUGACCUCCUGCUCUAUGGCCGUGGACAUAGGACAUUGGAUCGUUUCAAGCUGGGGGAUGUCACAGAUGAGUACCUAGUAUCCACGUAUGGUUUUCCCCGACAGUUCAUUUACUACCUGGUGGAUCUCCUGGGAGCCAGUCUCUCUCGCCCUACACAACGGUCCAGGGCCAUCAGUCCAGAGACCCAGAUACUUGCUGCAUUAGGUUUCUAUACCUCCGGCUCCUUCCAGACUCGCAUGGGAGAUGCAAUUGGCAUUAGCCAAGCCUCCAUGAGCCGCUGUGUUGCCAAUGUCACUGAGGCAUUGGUGGAAAGAGCCUCACAGUUCAUUCACUUUCCUGAGGAUGAAGCUACAAUACAGAGCCUGAAGGAUGACUUUUACGGGCUGGCAGGCAUGCCAGGAGUGCUAGGGGUGGUUGACUGCACCCACGUAGCAAUCAAAGCACCAAACGCGGAGGACCUGUCCUAUGUGAACCGAAAAGGUCUCCAUUCUCUGAACUGUCUGAUGGUGUGUGAUGCCAGAGGAGUCCUGCUGAGUGCAGAAACACACUGGCCAGGCAGCCUGCCUGACUGCACUGUGUUACAGCAGGCAGCCCUUACAAAUCAGUUUGAAACUGAGCUACAUAAAGACGGUUGGCUACUUGGUGACAGCUCCUUCUUUCUCCGAACAUGGUUGAUGACCCCUCUGCAUAUCCCUGAGACACCUGCAGAAUAUCGUUAUAACAUGGCUCAUUCUGCCACUCACAAUGUCAUUGAGCGGACAUUCAGAACCAUUCGAUCGCGUUUCCGCUGCCUGGAUGGGUCCAAAGGCACCCUGCAGUAUUCUCCAGAGAAGUCCAGCCACAUCAUUCUGGCCUGUUGUGUACUUCAUAACAUCUCCCUGGAACAUGGGCUGGAUGUGUGGCCUUCUCCAGCCACAGGACACAUGGAACAACCGGAAGAAGAAUAUGAGCAAAUGGAAUCAAUGGAUUCAGAAGCCUGUCGUAUACGCCAGGAGCUUUUGCUUACUCAUUUUAGCUAAUUUUGUGACAGCUGCUAAAGGUUGGUGUGACAAGAAUACAGGGGGAAAUAUGCCCCUGCUCUGUAAGUUCAUAAAGACUGAGCAGCUGUGAGACAGAGAGAGAGAGCUUACUAACUUCAUUUCAGCGGAUGUUCUGAACUUCUCUUGAUCUUCUUGUAAAUGUCAUAUUUAGUUGUUAAAUUUUUACUGUUGUGAUGCACAUAGAUUCCCCUUUCACCUGUUGUAGAGAACAAUGACGGUAAUGUGAGAUUAGAGGAGAACUUGGGAAACGGUCUUUGAUAAUUAUGAAAAAUCUGUAAGGUUUGAACUAUUUUACAAAGCACAAUUCUAUGCCAGUUUGUAAGCUGAAACACUUAUAAUGAAUUUUUAAACAACAUUUCACACAAAUUAAACUUCCUUCUGGGUU